UCGCAGCGGAAUCAGUCGCGUGCGCGCGCUUUGCUGGCCAUCUCCGAUUUCCGUUUUUACCUUCAACUUUCGCUCUCGUCCAACCCGUCCGUCGUCGGUGCAGUUUCAAAUCAAAACCACUCCGCCACCGCCGCCAUGAGUCAAUCAACGAAAUUCAACGUCCUCCAACCUUCGUUCGGCAACAACAACAACAACCGACUAGUUCCGCACCCGAAUCAACAUUCCGUCGAGGCUACGAAAGCGGAAGCGUCGCCACUUCAACGAUCCACCAGCGUCCGCAAGAGUUUCAAGCGUCGGCUGCCUCAACAGAAUCUGCCCGUCCGCGACACUUCCCUGCUGCCCGUUUCCAUCAGCCAUCAACCGUCGUCUCCUUACGUCAAUAGCGUCCCGCCGUCCGUUUCGUCAUCGGCCGGACGGGUCGGGACUAAAAACAGUUUGGGACCCGACCCGCCAGCUUCGGUGGCCCGUCGCAACGCCCGCGAACGCAAUCGGGUCAAGCAGGUCAACACGGGAUUCGCCGUUUUGCGCCAACACAUUCCGGUUCUGUGCGGAUCGGUGAUUGUUUACGGCGGAUCGCCUCACUGCUCCGAGCCGCUGUCUUCAUCCUCUUCUUCCUCCUCUUCCUCCUCAUCGCCUCCGGCCAGCAGCAGCAGCAGCAAGAAGAACAAGAUGAGCAAAGUGGAGACCCUGCGGUGCGCUGUCGAGUACAUCCGCAAUUUGGAGAAGCUCCUGGCAACGGGCGGCGGAUCGGAGUUGGAACAGGAUCAACUGUCCAUCAAAGAGGAGCCGCUGGAUUGCCUUCCGUACGAGCUGGAUGUCGCAGUCGGAUCGCCGUCGAUCCAGGAGUCGCGCGAAAACAUUUCACCUUUGGAGAUUGCCGGUCUCUCGACUUCGGCCAACGACUUGUCGGGUUUCUACGACUCGAGUUCGUCGCCGGAAUUGCAGAGUCCCGACGUCCAGCAUCAGCAGAACCAGCGUUUCUUAUUCCCGUUCCUGCUGGAAGCUUCGCCGACCGGUGCUGAUGUGCCGACUGGCGAGCAGAAACGAAUCAAAACUGAGCAGGAUCCGGCGGCUGAAUCGGCUGCCCUGUUCAAGCAGGAACUCCUGCGCUCCCUGUCGUGCUGGAACAGAUCGGAUGUGGAGCAACCACUGCCGGAGCUUCUGCUGGAUCACCCGGGGCAGACGGAACAACAGCAGAACUCGGCCAUCCAAAACAUAUCGGAUCACAGUCUGCUGGAAUCCCUCAACAGCUGGUGGGGUUCUAGCCUGUAGAAAAACCGCGCUAAAUCCUCUCACCCCCGCUUCCAUUUUACCUUCAUCCAUCCAUCCAUCGUUUAAGAAAACAGCCCCCACCCCUCAUCUCGCCUUGUAUUCCUGUACAUAACAAUCGCUCCAUAUUAUUUGCAAUCUGGUCCCGCACAUCAAAAUCAGAUGUUUCAUCCGAGCAAUGAAAUGUCUAUAAUAACCCACCGUCUCAUCCCUUGUAUCAUACCCGCACACAUUGAAUUAUCAAU